AUGGCUAUCACCGAUGACAAUGCGUUUGAGCUACCCAAGCUUCGUUCCUCGUUCUCCCUAGAAAACGAUACAGAGUUUCUCGAGAAUGACAACGUUGCUGAGUUCUUUGAUGUCAAGUUCUGUCCUUACCAGCCUCUGGAUGCACCACCUGUCUUUGCAGCUAUCAGCAAAAAGCAUGUGGUUAUCUGUACCCUAUCUCAAACAGCUGACAACAACCCAUGCGAAGUCCUCUCAGUGAUCAGAGAUGAUGAUGAAGAGGCUUCCGCAUGCUGUUGUACUUGGACAAAAGAUCCCGUAACAGGAGCCCCCUACCUAUGCAUUGGUGGAGUCGAUGCCAAAGUCAAGAUCUAUGAUGUUGUGAACGGGAAACUAUACAGGUGCCUUACCGGCCACGGAGGUGAUGUCAAUGAUCUAGCAACUUCUCCUGCAGACCCGUCUAUUAUCGCCUCCGCUUCUGGUGACACGAGUAUUCGUGUCUGGAGUAUUGACCCAGUCCACGCCAACCGGCCCUGCUUGGUUAUCCUCGCUGGUGAAGGCCAUUCAUGGGAUCUUCUCAGCUUGGCUUUCCAUGACACUGGCCGGUACAUCCUGUCCGCUGGCCAUGACCAGAUUAUUAACCUGUGGACGCUCCCUGAUCUGCCUACCGAGGCCAUCACUACCCCUGUCCGUGUUCACUACCCUCACUUUUCGACCUCGGCAGUCCACAGUGGUAUCAUCGAUUGCGUGGCAUUCUAUGGUGACUAUAUCCUAUCUAGGGCAUGCCAUGACAAUGUUAUCUCGCUUUGGAGAAUAGAGGGUUUCUCUUCCUCAAAUCCUCCCCCUCCCCAGAGUAUGGCGCCGACAGCUCAGACAACUGUUCCAACCAAUUACGACGAGGCGAGCCGUCUCACACGUUCAGCGUUUGUUCCAACGAUGUCUCCGCAGUGUCCCUCUCAGUAUACUAUGCUGCUCCAGUUCCAUACUCCCAACUGUGGCCCGCAGUUCUUCAUGCGUUUUAAGUUACAUUUUGUGCCGGAUCAGCAUCCAGUUUUGGCAUUUUGUAAUGCAGGUGGAAACGUUUUCUUUUGGGAUUUCGAACGCUUGUUAGCGUACCGAGAGUUUAUGGAAGUGCUCAAGGACCCAAACAGGGACAGGAGUAAACCAGUCCCCCAUCCAAGUUGGAUGAGGCUUGUGAAGGGUCGACCACCCAAGACGGACUCUAAUAAAGGCCGGAACGGAGGGGCCGACAAGGACAUUCCAAGCGCCUUCCGAGCAGACGCAAUCAGGCUGAGUGAAGAGAUUGGUGACUAUAACGCAGAGACCCUAGAGACCUGGGCGUCGAGGUACAGUCAAGAGGAUCCUCAUGAGCCGUUGAAGGCACAUAAGACGGAGUCUUCAUCUGCCAAUUUUGUGGGUCGACAGGCAGCCUGGAGUCCCGGAGGAGAGUGGUGUGUCGUGGUGGGAAGCUCGAAUCAGGCAUUGAUCCUCCAGCGCUGGGCUAACAAGGGUUCGACAUCAAGAGCAUCUGCCUCUGCCUCUGUAUCUGCCCCUCCGUCCGCUCCCCCAUCUGCCUCUAUCCAAAACGGCACGAGUUAG